AUAUUUUUUCACUCUUCAAGAUGAAUCAGCGUUCAGCUUGUUAUCUGAAGAAUCUGUGGAAGAUCUCAAUUCUAGACUUUCAGAAAAAGUUAGCUAUCGCAACUUUCGACCAAAUUUCCUAGUUGAACAUUGUCAACCUUAUGCAGAGGACCGUUGGGCUUUCAUCAAGAUGGGUGAAGCUAUAUUGUACAGAAUAAAACAUACUACCAGGUGUUUGAUGACUACAGUCAACCCAUAUACUGGUAUAAAGUCUAACAAGGAGCCAUUUCAAACUUUGAAAAUUUACAGACUGCCAUCAGAUGAAAAGGAAAAACAGACUUUUGGAAAUACUCCUGUACUGGCUUGUAGCCUGGGGUUGGAAAAGAAAGGAGAAGUUCAUGUUGGAGAUGAAGUGUUUGCUGUUAUUGAUGACUGAACAUUUAUUACAUAGUUUAUCUCAAGUACUAAUUAAUCUCAUUAAGUACAUCAGCUUAUGUUUGUUGCUCUAAAAUUAUUGUAGUUUUAAGCAAAUUGUAGAAACAUUAAAAAAUAAUAAAAAAAGUACCUAAGAAAUAAAAUAAUAUGGGCUUCACAAAAAAUAUUUCAUUGCUGUAACUUAUGCACAUAAACAUGAUGUAUAUUAUGUUUUCCUGAAAAGUAGUACCCAGAUUGUGAUGUUAUCCUAUGACCUAGGUGUAUAAUUUAUAUCUAAUCUGAGGUGCCUGGCUUCCACUUUCAUGUUAACAAAUUGAUUAAAAUAAUGAGCAGUAAAAAAUCGUAUCACAUACUUUUCAAGUUUUCAUAAAAUUUAACAUGUGACAUUACAGAGGAUUAAUUGCAUGAUAUAAGAGUAACUGGAAUAUGUCACUGCAAUUUCAUGGUACAUACUACACAUGACUUGUAUAAUACCAAUGUAUUUGAUUUGUGGCAAAUUUCAGAUGUUUGACAAUACACAAUGCUGUUAGGGUGAUUUAUAACAGGUUACUCACAUAAUAAAAUUGUUAAACAAUGUAGAGUUAAAGGCUGCAACAUUUCAAAGAAUGGUGCCUUCAAGAUUAUCCAAGGAAGAAAACAAAUUCAUUCUGUAAAGCAUUUACAACAGCAACAAGCUCCAUAACCACAACCUAAAGUAAUCUGGAGCAAUGUCCUUGUCCACAAAGUGAAGGCUAUGUUUACAAAAUUAAACUUUUCAAACCUCAAAAUACACUGCAAUAAAGAUGCAUAUAUCACUUGGCACCAUUAACAAAAUAACAAAAAUUUUAAAUUCAUGAAAUAUCAUACUAUGGAAAGAUUAUAAAACUGUAUGGUCUGAGAUUAAUCUUACCAUAUUCUUCUGAUAAGCUUAUUGCAAUAGAAGUUACAGUGUUGGGAAAUUGUGUAUAAUUAUGGUCAUCAAAAUAGUUAUAAUAGAUGAUAAUGAAAGAAUGCAAUUAACCUUCAGGUAGCACCAUGAAUUAUGUUUAACUUGUAUUAAUGUAUUUGUUGGCUUUUAUACUGACAAAUGACUUUUCGUGGAUACUGAUUGCAUAAAUCUUGUCUAUCCAGAUAAGGUAUAUAUCUGUUGAAGUGAGAGAAAAGCACAGAAUAAAAGAAAAAAAUUAACCAAAGUUUAAAUUAAAUACAAGGUUUUAAAUGAUUAUAUGUUCACUUAAAUUUUGAAACUAUUUGUUAUAUAAAUUUACUUUUGGAGAUUUAGUUAUCUAUAUGGGUGUAACUGCAACAUGCUUGGUUAAUUAAUAUGCAGGAAAUUACUUUGUAAUUGUUUGGAAACCACUAUUUAUAGUUGUAAUGUACCAAUCAUUCUUAGCAAUUUAUUUCAUUGACAAUGCACUGUUUAGAAUUGAUUUUUUUUUAUAAUUUUAAACGUUUCAUGUUUGUUAUGAAAUGUUUAUAUAAUUUAAAAACUAUAUUGCUUGUACUAUUUGAAAAAAUUAACACAGGUAAGACACCCCUACAUAAUGAAAGGUUUGAGGAUUUAUUGUAUGAAUUUUAGUGUUAGAACAAGUGCAGAAGGAAAUAGCCAUACAAAUUCAACAAAUAAAACUAAAUGUUUUUUUCUUAUAUUGAAUUUCACAUUUCUACAAGCUGAAUAUCUGAGCUUAACAUUGUUCAAACUGAAACUAAUUAGAUGAAGUAAAAUUGCAUUGAAGUGAAUCAAAAGUGAAUAAAGCUAAUGUCAAACUAAAUAUACACUGAAGUGAUUGCAGGAAAUGCAACCUUAAGAAGCAGGCUGACUGGUAGGAGGAUAAAUAAAAACUUACAGCAGCUUCUAGGUUGACUUUUCUUUUUCUGAAAAGCAGUAGAAUGAAACAUUAGGAAAUGGCACUUUUCAAAAUUCAACAAUACUCAUCAGCGUUGGAACUACCAUGUCUGUUCAGUGCUUGCUGUAAAUCUUUGAAUGCUCUGUUGUGUUUGUGAUAUUUCCAAGAUGAACAUAGACACACACAAAAAAAGAGUUGCUGGUAUAGCUUUUAAUGUGGUUAUGGAUCUCAUGUUAUGUGAAAAUGUAAGUGCUCUAAUGAUUCAUGUUUUUAGAGAAGAUAAUGCUACACAGGAUGACAAACCUUACAGUGUUUUAUAGCUGGAUGUUAUUCAACUCAUUAAAAGGGUGAAGCAAGAAAAGCUCUUCAAAACUGUCUCUCUAUAUUCUACUGUAUUCAGAUGUUCUCUUCAAGGAACACUUUUGACUUAGUUGUACGUCAGUAAAGGUUAAUCACUGUUGAUUGCUUUUAUACUUGUACCUUCAAUUGUAAAACAAUGCAUAAAAUAAGUAUUUUAA